AGCAGAUAGUGCACACCUCGCCAUAUAGACCGGUUAGUUCGUCAAGAGCUGUUCAAACGAAUACAGUACAUCUAGCGAGAAGUCAAACAUUUCAACCAAAAAUCAUGCCUGUGUCGUAUCUAUCUGGAAAGGUGUAUCUCCUCAUUACGGGAGCGAGUCAAGGUAUCGGCAAACAAAUAGCGGAAUCGUUCGGAGCUCUGCUGGGCGAUGGUUCCGUUGUGCUGUUAUUGGCGAGAAACGAAGCUAAUUUGCAGGCAACUGCCAAGAAUAUUCCAAGUCGCGUGAAGGUGAUAACUAAGAGUGUUGAUCUAGCCAAAGCUAACGCGGAGCAAUUAAAAGCUAUCGUCAAGAGCUCCCUAGGUGCUGGAGGAACAGCACAAUUUGAGAAGGCUAUACUGGUCCACAAUGCGGGAAUAGUAGGAGAUAAUACAAAAUUAACGACCCAAAUGACGGACUACAAAACAUGGCGAGAAUAUUACGAUCUCAAUUUGUUCGCACCAGCCAUAUUGAACGGAGUGUUCAUGGAUCUUUUUAAAAACGAUACGAAAGUUCAGAAACUUGUUAUCAAUCUGACAUCAGAUGCUGCAAUCAAUGCCGUUCCCAAAACUGGAUAUUAUUGCACAGGAAAAGCUGCAAGGGCCAUGUUUUUCAGGGUCUUCGCUCUGGAAUACCCUGACGUGAAUGUCAUGAAUUAUUCACCCGGUCCAGUAGACACGGAACUGCUACAAAGAGCGUUCGCCAGUUUUCCAGAACUAAAAGCUGAAAUUGAGAAAACGUACCCCAUACUAACGACGGAACAAACGGUGAAUCGACUCAUAGAACGUCUCAAUGCACAAAAUUACAAGUCAGGCGAUCAUGUAGAUUAUUUUGACAAAGUCUAAGCUCAAACAACGGAUAAUGGAUUCCAUGUGAUAAAAACCAAAAAAUAAAAAAAAAAAACCCAACACCACAGA